UACAGCCUCAUAUCCAGGAUGGCACCAUCCUUGAUUUUUCUGUGCCUUAACCCAAACCUGUCUCACAGAAGAAGGGGUGAGGAAGGAGCCAAAAAAUUUCAUUUACAUGGAAUGGCUGCUGUGAGAACCUUUUGCUCCCGGGAGGUGGACGUGGUGGUGGCUCCGUGCCGGGGCUUCCAGCCGGCCGAGGACACCCUGGGCGAGUUCGUGAACCAGGUGCUGCCCGUGGUGACCUUCGCCAUCAGCGAGGCCCAGCUGUCCCCCUCGGACCAGAGCGAGCUGAGAACCAUCAAGGAGAAAUUCUCCCUGCCCAUUUUCUUCUUCCGCGUGCCCGAGGCCGGCGGGGAGCUGAUCUCCCCCAAAAAACCCGACAGCGACAAGUCCCCCCUGCACUGCCAACUGCUGGACCUGCAGUACCUGAGCUCCAACCACUGCAGCUGCGGGGCCAGCGGGGCCCAGAGCAUGUUGGUGGAGCAGCUGGAGAAGCUGAGGCUGCUGAGCACCUUCUCCAGGCAGGUGCUGCAGAAGCACUUGGUGGAGGCGGCCACGAGCCUGAACGAGCUGCACUGUCGCUGCCUCAACAUCUUCAUCAACCAGGCCUUCGACAUGCAGAGGGACCUGCAGAUCACGCCCAAGAGGCUGGAGUACACCCGCAGGAAGGAGAACGAGCUCUACGAGUCCCUCAUGGGCAUCGCCAACCGCAAGCAGGAGGAGAUGAAGGACAUGAUCGUGGAGACUCUGGGCAACAUGAAGGAGGAGCUGCUGGAGGACGCGGCCAGCAUGGAGUUCAAAGAUAUCAUCAUUCCUGAGAACGGGGAGCCCGUCAGCUCCAAGGACAUCAAGUGUUGCAUUAAACAGAUCCAGGAACUGAUUAUUUCUCGGUUAAACCAAGCAGUGGCCAACAAGUUAAUCAGCUCAGUGGACUAUCUGAGGGAGAGCUUCGUGGGGACUCUGGAGAGGUGCCUCAAGAGCCUGGAGGAGUCCUGGGAGGUGUCAGUACAUCCUGCCAGGAGCUUGGAGAAGCCCAAGGAUGGUUCUGUGCACAUCACGAGCAAUUAUCUCAAACAGAUCCUAAAUGCAGCUUAUCACGUCGAAGUCACUUUUCACUCUGGCUCAACAGUGACCAGGAUGCUGUGGGAACAGAUCAAACAGAUAAUCCAGCGGAUCACAUGGGUCAGCCCCCCUGCCAUCACCAGUGACUGGAAGAGGAAGGUGGCCCAGGAUGCCAUCGAGAGCCUCAGCGCUUCCAAGCUGGCCAAGAGCAUCUGCAGCCAGUUCAGGACCAGGCUCAACAGCUCCCACGAGGCUUUUGCAGCUUCCCUGCGGCAGUUGGAGGAUGGCCACUCUGGCAGGCUGGAGAGGACGGAGGACCUGUGGCUGAAGGUACGGAAGGAUCACGCUCCCCGGCUCGCCCGGCUCUCCCUGGAGAGCAGAUCCCUGCAGGAUGUGCUGCUGCACGGCAAACCCAAGCUGGGCCGGGAGCUGGGCCGGGGGCAGUACGGAGUGGUGUACCUGUGUGACAGCUGGGGGGGGCACUUCCCCUGCGCCCUCAAAUCCGUUGUUCCUCCAGAUGAGAAGCACUGGAAUGACCUUGCACUCGAGUUUCACUAUAUGAGGUCCCUGCAGACACAUGAGAGGCUCGUGCACCUCCACGGAUCUGUGAUAGAUUAUGGCUAUGGAGGAGGCUCCAGCAUUGCUGUGCUGCUGAUCAUGGAGAGGCUGCACAGGGACCUCUACACGGGGCUAAAGGCUGGGCUGGAGUUGGAGACACGGCUGCAGAUUGCCCUGGAUGUGGUGGAAGGGAUCCGGUACCUGCACAGCCAGGGGCUGGUGCACAGGGACAUCAAACUCAAAAAUGUCUUGCUUGACAAGAAGAAUCGAGCCAAAAUCACCGACCUGGGGUUCUGCAAACCAGAGGCCAUGAUGUCUGGCAGCAUUGUGGGCACACCCAUCCACAUGGCUCCAGAGCUCUUCACAGGGAAGUACGAUAACUCCGUGGAUGUUUAUGCCUUUGGAAUUCUCUUCUGGUACAUCUGCUCGGGCCACGUGAAGUUACCAGAGGCUUUUGAGAGAUGUGCAAGCAAAGAUCACCUGUGGAACAACGUUAGGAGAGUUCUUUGA